AACAGCGUUUGUUUACAUCAGCAUGUUGCUAUAUUAUGGUGCCCUGACAAAAAGUAGUUUAUGCUUUAAAGGUUUAUUUGGGUCAAAUGACGCACAUGCUAAAUGUACUGUUAGUAAUAUCGGACUGAGAGCGGCACCGGUUGCUACGGGCGUUGAGUGCAGUCCGGAAAACUUGUGACCACGUCCCCGCCCACUCGUUUGAGUCAUCCAGCAGAGCAUAGACGAUCUUUGCAGCCCGCCUGGCUCCAGAGUUUCUUCGAGGAAGCACCGCUCGCAUACGUCUCCAUCCUCGGGUCCAGGCGUGGCUUUCAGAUGGGUGUGGUUCCUUGUGCGGGGAAGUUUUCCUUCUACAGUAAGUCGACUUGGUGAAUACACAUGGUUGAAGUUCUGUGAGGCAGGACAGCUCUAUGAUCAAGGACAAUGGGUCUCGUGCAGCUGCUGAAGUCCCAGUUCUUGUCCCACCUGAUCAUCUGCUAUGUGUUCUUGGUCAGUGGCAUCAUCGUCAACCUGUUGCAGAUCUGUACAUUACCUCUGUGGCUGGUCAAUAAGCAGCUGUUCCGCAGGAUCAACAUCAAACUGGGCUACUGCAUCAGCAGCCAGCUGGUAGUUGCCCUGGAUUGGUGGUCUGGGACAGAAUGCACGCUCUACACAGACCCAAAGAGUUCUCAACUGUAUGGAAAAGAGAACGCAAUAGUGCUUCUCAAUCACACAUAUGAGAUUGACUUCCUGUGUGGCUGGAGCUUCUGUGACAAAUUCGGAGUUCUUGGGAGCUCAAAAGUGUUAGCCAAGAAAGAGCUGAGUUAUGUACCUGUUAUUGGCUGGAUGUGGUACUUCCUGGAGAUAGUUUUCUGCAAGAGGAAGUGGGAGGAGGACCGAAGGACGGUGGCUCAGAGUCUUCAGAACCUAAAGGAUUACCCCAAAAGUUUCUGGUUCUUGCUUUUCUGUGAAGGAACGCGCUUCACACCAAAGAAACAUGAGAUCAGCAUGCAGGUGGCUGAGAGCAAAGGUUUACCCAAACUGAAGUAUCAUCUUUUGCCGAGGACCAAAGGAUUCUGGGUAACUGUCCAAAACCUCAGAGGGACUGCUGCAGCUGUUUAUGACUCUACGCUGAACUUCAGAAACAACAACGUGCCAACCUUGCUUGGAGUUCUAAACGGGAAGAAAUAUCACGCAGAUUUAUAUGUGAGGAGAAUCCCUCUAGAGUCGAUCCCAGAGGACGAGGCAGAGUGUGCUGCUUGGCUCCACAAACUCUUUCAGGAAAAGGAUAGCUUUCAGGAGCACUACACACAGACAGGGCGUUUCCCCGGCCCCACAGUGAAACCUCCAAGCCGCCCCUGGGCCUUGAUCAACUGGCUUAUCUGGGCCUGCUUGCUCGUCUACCCUCUCGGCCUGCUAGUGGCCCAGCUGAUCAGCUCUGGAUCGAUGAUGACCAUCUUAGCUUCUGUGGCUCUCUGCACUGCAGUUUCACUCGGAGUUCGCUGGAUGAUUGGCCAGACUGAGAUUGAACGAGGCUCAAACUAUGGGAAUAAGGAGGUUAAUCUAAACAACAACUAAAGACUUCUGGCCUGCUUGGAGCUGCUUCUUUGCACUGCUACUUAUCUGCGAGCUGCCAGCAGCAGACUGUGUAAAUACGGGUCUGACAGCAGUGUUCCAACAAGUGCAAACCUGUUUGGAAGCACAGUGCAGACAGCGUAGUCUUGUUGUUACUGCUAUGCUGCAGAAGCUCAAGGUGUGUAAGAUCAUGACUCAUGGACCGUGGUGAGCAGCUGCCUUUGGUACACCAAUGAUAAGAACGUGAAGCGAGAUCAACUACAGCUUUACUACAUUCACCUUAAAUCAAAGUGCAAAUAUUUAAAUACAGCCAAGACGGACAUUUUUGCUGGUAACUCAAACUGGAAUUAAAAUUCAACCAAGUGUAUAAUGGACUACCUCUCUGAUUGUAAUGUAAAGCAUAAAUGGCAUUUUCAUGUUGGAAGAAAAUACACAUUUCAGUUUUUAAAAAACAUACUGGUUUAUUUGUUCAAAGCAAACACAAAGAGGAGCAGAGGAGCAGAAGUAGUGGUAUGACUUUGUGUUCAGUCCUCAGCAAAGGCAAAGAAAAAAUUACAACAACUGAGUGUCUGAGUAUUAAAAUAUAUGAAAAGCAGGAAUGCUCUAAAAUAGACAACAUCUGACCUUGAGUACUGCAGCAUGGUGCAUGCCUAUACUCGUGCCUUCCUCUGCAGGCUCUGAUAAAAAUGAGGAAAGAGUCACCACCUCAGUAGCAAGUCAUUUCCGUGUGGUUUUAAUAAAUAAAAAGAUCUACUGAACUGUUGCAUAACAGAAACACUCCACACAGGAGCCACAGCUGAUCCACAGUGCAUCUCUUUAUGACAGGAAAAACAGAGAAACAACAACUUGGGCAGUAAGCCAGUAUUUCAGUCUCUUCCCUCAAUCAUACGAGACUCAAAUCAUACUUGCACCAUCAGAAAAGAAAAAGAAAUCCUUGCAUAUCCUCACAUUUUGAUGGUGGUGUAUCGAGGAUGGAGGAUCUUCUGUACCUUAACAUUAAGCUAGAAGGAAAUGAUAGGAAAAACAGUAAUACUGUUGGGAUUUAUUAAAGGGUAACUUCAACCUGGACCCUAUUUUACCAUGUGUUUCCAUCCCAAAUGGGAAUGACAGCUUUUAGAAUUGGCCCAGUCUUAAGUGAGAGGGCUCCACAACCCGCUAAACAGGAUGUAUUAUAUAAUCCCUCAGGGCAAUCACAUACCGUCAAUGAAUGUCGCCCACAGUGUGUUUGUUUGUCACUGACAGGUUUAGCUUGUUCCUAUAAGUGUCUGCCAACAUUUGGAUAGGACUCUACAGAGAUCAACCUUUUUGUUAGGAAUAAGCCUUUUGGUUUCACUAGAAACAGACCUGAAAUUCCUCUCACCAAACAAACAGACUCAAUUCAAAUAAACAGUAAUGUUAGCGUGUAUAGAGCCAGCAUACUGUCACAUCUGAUGAGGUGAGUUAAGGGUUUAUUUCAACCAAACAUGAGCUGGUGAUUGUUGGAACAGUGGAAAGACGAAUCAAGAUGGCUAGAAAUUUUGUUUUGUUCCUGGGUUUUACAAUGAUUAAGUCGCUGUUUGUUUAAAUGGAAAGUCUUGGUUUGUAUUUCAGCUAUUCUGACACUUACCAACUCUAGUUUGGUUGAAAAAAACCCUUAUUUCACAGAGUUAGAUGUAAAAAUAUGCUGGCUCUAUUCACGCUCUAUUUAAAUAGAGUCUGGUGGGUUUGGUGAUGGUGAAUUCAGGGCUGUUUCUGGUUGAAUAAAAAAGGAUUUUACUCUUUUUUUUUAAAGAAAGUCUAUCACUGUAGGGAUCCUUUCCAUGAUGUUGUCAUGAACGUAUAACAGUCUGAGCCUGUCAGUGGCAAAAACAACCACUUUUAAUUGGCAUAAAUCGACUGUGCGAACAUGCUCCGAGUGGUUACAUUACAGCCAGUUUCGCCACUGCUAGCUGCAGCACCUCAGUACUGGACCAGUAUACAAAAACGUGUUCCCAUUAGUCACAAAAAUUUGAAAAUAGGUUCCAGGUUUAAAUCUACCAAAUUGUAAAAACUUAAAUUACAUACACCAGGAUCACACAAGGCCAUAUUUGUAUUUUAAGAGACAUUGGUUGGUGGCCAUCCAUUGGAAAAAGAGGAAAGAAUAGUGAUCCCUGCGGGUGCACAGUUUUUAGAAGCAGAACACAAUAACAGGGUGUUUACCUCCACGCCCACCCUGGGCCUUAAUCGAGUGGCUGUUCAGAGGCUCUCUGUUCUGCAGGUUGGUUACAUUAAUGCCCAAGGUGAAGUACCAGAAACUGGUAUGGAGGCCCCUUCCUUCAUUAGAAUUCACAAAAACAGGUCCAUCAAGGUCAGUUCAACUGUCAGUUUUUAAUAAUCUAGGAGUCUUCACAAAAUGUCAAAAGCAGAUGAAGCUCUGUGCUGAGAGAAUGAGAAAUCACCAGUCUAAGUGAUAAAACUCACAACUUAGAAUAGAGCUGAUAAAGACAACACUCAGACCAGAUUGAAAAACAAGCCUCAGACACCGCAUGUGUCAUGACUGGGGUGAAGCACAGCAGAGUGACAUUAACAGUUAUUUAUAGAGGAAUACACUGUGAAUGCUUUCAGAUAUUGAUGUAAGCUAGUCUUCUGGCCUGUAUCCAAGAUUAGCAGUACAAAGCGCUGAUAAACUAAUACCAUACAUAGAAAUAUAUGUAACUCCUACAAUAAUGGCAGAAACACAUGUAACUUUAAAACCAUGGAGCUUUCUGACAUGAUAGAAAAGGCACGAAAACCUUGCAAUCGACCAAAAUGUCAGGACUGACUUUCACACACUGACAUACAUUUUGACAUGACUUGUCUAACAUGUUGCAAUAUCUUGCACUAAAUGAGAUAAGUAGGCUGCAAUACUCAGUGUGCAGAUCUCCCCAUUCUCACACCAAGUCUAAACAUUUAAAUUGUAACAAUACAGAAAAAUAUCAGGCUGAUUCUUUGUUGUAAACUGAAGAAUAUUAAAAUUGUCUCAAUCAUCUGAGUUGAAAUGUUGUAUGAGCCUGUUUGAAGCAGCUCGGGCUGAAAGCAAGUCAAAUAUUCAGCAGUUUAUUUUGAUUUCUUUAAAUUUCCCAGCAGGUUUUUUAAGGUAUAUAGAUGUCAUGUGUGCAUUAAUUCCAAAAAUACAAUAAAUCACAUAUUUUUGAUUGUUAAUAUUUGGAGUUCCUUGAUGGGAAAAAAUGUUUCAAGUUGUUUAGUUGAUGCUGAAAAAUUAAAUGUAUACUUCGGGCCGGUUUGAUCUGGUAGGUUGUUGACUUUGGUCACUUGGGGUAAAACAUUGGCUGAAACGGCACCAGCUUUGACGGCAACUUUAACCUUCCCUCUGUCAGCUCACUUACUUUAUUUUGGUCCAAGGGGUUGUGCAGUGACUUUGUAACACACGCACGCACGCACGCACGCACGCACGCACACACUAACUUUUAUGGGUUUUUAUGUUCCAGAUACUGAGUGACUGUCUGUGUUGAUUGUUUCUGAGCCUGUGUCCACUGUAAAAGAACAUUUUUCACCAGCUCCAUAUUACACAGUAUUGCCACAGAUGAACCCAUAUUAUCUACCUCAGCAAAUAAAAGUCAUA